AUGUUCCCAUGGCCGCCUUCCUCACAAGGCAGCUGUCUAGGGCUUUUCCUUUAUAAUACCCCUUGUCCAUUUCCACCAAAUCUCCGAGGCCCUUUUGUCUCUUCUUCUGGAUAGGAUCCCCACCUCCAGUAUUGCUCCGAUGAGUACCAUCCGGCUGGUAAAGUUCGUUCCUUUCGCUUCAACUGGAGGAGAAACCGAAACAAUCAAAGCAGAGCAGGCUCUGCAACCUAACACUGAGGUGUCUACUAUAUAUCUAGAUGGUAGGUACUUUUACAUGUCUGGGAAAGAAAAGAAAGGGGAGAAAAACUCUGACGGUGGGUUUCCAUCUCGGUGUUGGAUUUCUCUUGACGGAGUUUAUCGUUGCUCGGUAAUUGGCCCUUAAUGCUUGCCUGGGCUACAUCUGGACUCCACAUUUUGAGUAUAUAUUAACAGUUUCUUCAUUUUCAUCUCGAACACAUUUAGUUAUUGUCUGUGCUACAUUUGGAGCUAGAUUUCUCUCUUUCCUUCCUCAAUACUAUGCUCUACAUUUGGGAUGUUUCAAGUCAGUGCCUCAUCCUGGUUGCCUUUUAGAUAUGCACCUCACCAACCAGACAUUGUCAGGUGUCUACUAUAUAUAUCGAUGGUAGGGAUUGUUUAAUGUCUGGAAAAGAAAAGAAAGGGGAGGAGAACUCUGAUAUGGGUUUCUAUCUCGGUGUUGGAUUUCUCUUGAAGUAGUUCAUCGUUGCUCGGAAAUUGGCCAUUAAUGCCUGCCUAGGAACAAUAUGUCUCAAGUUUGUAUCAUCUCAAGUCCAUGGCAAAGGGAUGCUCUAGCUGCAACAAUUUCCUCCGGGAAGGUAACCUUUUAUAGCAGGUCAAAGUCAAUUUUGUGGACAAAGGGGGAGACCACCAAGAAUUUUCAUGACAUUUUUCUUCAUUGUGAUCGUCACUCAGUAUACACUUGCAACUUUUUCAUUGGACUAAGUGGGCCUACUGGUCAUGUUCUCUGCCUGGAUUUUACCCAAUCUGAGUUCUACUUAGUUGAAAACUCUUUUCAGAUAAUUUUACCUUGGUAAGCCUGAUGGCCCUAGCUCCCACACAGCAGCAGAAACUUGCUAUUACACAUUGGCAUUCAAUCUGUUGAAGGAGCAACAGGUUAAAGAAAACAAAUUAGCAUUGACAACUUUGUAUUCGUUGGAGUCUGCAAUUUCGCAGUGACAGGCAGAGUUACAACUUACAAGGAUCACAAAAUGAAAUACCAUCAUGGACUAAACAAUUACUUUUAAACAACCAAUUGUUACGCUCGAAAAUCAGAUACUUUAGUCGGUUUCAUUUUGUUUCUGACAUUACUGCAUCAAGAAAGAAUGGAAAUAAAAACCAAU